AUGAUUGAGGUUCGAAAUCGCUUAGCUCGUCUGGAAACCGCCCAUGUCGAAAUUGAGCGGUUAAAAACAGCCUGGCAGAGUCUGAAGCUGCUCGUCACGCUCUCGAAGCCCAACUUGCAGCUGGCUACUGUACUACAACUAGCCUGGCUCCCAAACCAUCAUCAUCCCACCCACCUCCUGCCACUACUACCACCACAACAGCACCAGCAUCAACUACAUGCACCAAUGCUACCUCUGCCACCUCUUCGUUUCCAGGAAAUCAACCAUCUUUUGCUGCCGUCGUUGCAUCUAAUACAGGUGCAAAGCGUAAGAAGAAGCCCUGCUGCUCGUCCUCCUCCUCCAUCUGCCACCAAGGCAUCCGCUACUCUUGCUCGUCUUUUUGCUCCUCAAAGUGAUAUACCAUCUGGUUAUCAAUUUGUGUACUAUGCUACUCCUGUCCGCCGUCGUCUUUCUGAGCUGCGUCGCCCUUGUACAAGGCGUAGGAUUGAAUAA